AUGACUCAUGGAAGUGUAGUAAUUUUUCAUGAACUUGAGGUUGAUGCUGCAGUCACAAGAGUAGCGGUUAAGGACACAGCUGCCCAGGCCACCCCAACCUGCCUUGCUUUACCUGGACCAUACCCAGAGUCCAAUGCGAACCCAUUUGCCCUGGCCUGGUGGCCCCUUACUGUGGAGUCAUGGGUCAAAACGGAAGAAAGCAAGGAGGGGGAUGAUGACGCUGAGGAGAGACAGCCAAAGUCGAAGAGCAAGUCAGUCGCAAACAGAGAAGUUUCUGGCAGUAAGCGGCGGAAAUCAAAGACUACAGAGGACUUAGAGUCUGGAGUACCAGAUUCCACUGAGAAAAAGAGUAAGAGAAAGAGUGAAACCAAGGAUAAACAAAAGGAGCAUAGCAGCAGAAAAAAGAAGGAAACUGAUGAGAAAGGAGGAGAUGUUGAGGUGACCAAUGUUGAGCCAGAUGGCCAAGAAGAGCAGAACAACAAUGACCCAAAGGCAAAGGACAAGAAGAAGAAAGCCAGUGAGAUACCCGAGAAAGAAGAAGUGAACAGCCCUAUCAAAGAGGAUAAGAAGAAAAAAAAGAAGAAAAGGCUCUCAUCUUCUGACGGCAACCAACAAGAAGACAUGGGAUCUAAAGACAAGAAAUCCAAGGAGGGCGACAGUGAUGAGGACAAGAAGAAAGGGAAGGGAAAGAAGUCCAAAGCUAAGCAAAUUGACUAUGCUGAGAUCUAUGAGAGGGAGCUGCUUAACUACCAAAGCGAUUCAUCAGACGGAUAUGAGGAUGAGUACUACAAGAAAAAAGUUUAUGAGGUGGUCACCGUCACUGGAGAUGUCAGAGGGGCUGGCACAGAUGCCAACGUUUUUGUCACCCUUUUUGGAGAGUACGGCAUCACUCCCAAGGUGCACCUUGCCAGCAAAAGCAGAACGGCCUUCGAGAAAAACAAAACGGAUGUGUUCAGAAUCAAAACUAAUAAUGUGGGACCUAUAAAAAAGCUCAGGAUUGAGCAUGACAACACGGGCAUGAAUGCCAGCUGGUUCCUGGACCGCGUUGUGGUGACGGACAUUAACCGACCCCACCUGCGCUUCUACUUCCCCUGCAACAACUGGCUGAGCAAGGAGGAGGGGGACGGUCUGUAUGUGCGCGACCUGCUGGGUAGCCUCAACCCUAUGGACGUGCCCAAACUGAAUAAAUACAUUGUAAGUGUAUUCACUGCUGACGUGAAGGGCAGCGGGACAGAUGCGGAUGUCUUCCUUAAUAUUUUCGGAGAAUACGGAGAUACAGGGGAGAGACGGCUGGAUAAUGACAAAGACAACUUUGAGCGAGGCACAGAGGACAAGUUUACCAUGGAGUCUCCAAAUCUGGGGAAGCUGAGGAAAAUAACAAUUGGCCACAACAACAAGGGCUCCUCGGCAGGGUGGUGCCUGGAUAAGGUUAUUAUUGAAGACAUGGGGAACAAGGCUAUGUACGAGUUCCCGGUGAACCGCUGGUUUGCCAUGGAUGAGGAUGAUGGGAAGAUCCAGAGGGACAUUCUGGUGGGUGGCAGUCAGCCUUCAGGCAUCGUGUACAAAAUCCAGGUGACGACGGGCGACAUCCGGGGCGCUGGCACCAAUUCCAAAAUCCACAUCCUGAUGCAUGGCACCAAGGGCCUGAAGAACAGUGGGAAGGUCUUCCUGGAGGGGGGGAAAUUUGAACGGGGGCUCACCGACAUCUUUAAUGUGGAGGUCGCUGCCUUGCUCAGCCCCCUGAGCCGUGUCACCAUUGGCCAUGACAACUGUGGAGUCAGUGCUGGAUGGUACUGCGAGAAGGUCAUAGUAUACUGCCCCUUCACUGGCACUGAACAAACAUUUCCCUGCAGCAAGUGGCUGGAUGAGAAUGAAGGGGAUGGACUGAUUGAGAGGGAGCUCUAUGAGAUGGUCUCUCUGCGGCAGAAGAAGCAGAAGAGAUACCCAUGGUCUCUGUGGAUCUGGACCUCUGAUGUGAAGGGGGCGGGAACGGACGCCCAGGUGUUCCUGCAGGUGUAUGGAGAGAGGGGGAAAUCGGAUGAAAUAAAGCUUGACAACAACUCAGACAACUUUGAGCAGGGCCAAAUAGAUAAGUUUGUGAUCGAAAUGCCGGAUUUUGGGAAGGUGCUGAAGUUACGAAUUUGGCAUGAAAAGAGACACCCUUUUGCUGGCUGGCAUUUAGACAAGGCUACCCUGAUGAAGACAUUGACAAAGGAGAAGUACAAGUUCACCUGUGGCCGCUGGCUGGAUAUUAAUGAAGAUGACAAUGAGAUCAUUCGAGAACUUCCAGCGACAGGGGACAUAAUCCCAGAGCCCCUGCCAUUGAUAAAGUAUCGGGUCACCAUCUGCACGGGAAAUGUCAGCGGUAGCGGGACAGAUGCCAGUGUCUUCCUUUGUCUUAUCGGGGACCUGGGGGACACUGGAGAGCGCAUCAUGUUCACCAGCAAGAACAACGUUAACAAGUUUGAGAAGGGGAAUGCGGACGAGUUCCUUAUCGAGGCAGUGUCACUAGGACAGGUGCACAGGGUGCGGAUCGGCCACGACGGGCGAGGCGGAGGCUGCGGCUGGUUCCUAGACAAGGUGGUGGUGAGAGAAGAAGGGCAGCCUGAGACACAAGCAGUGGAGUUCCCAUGUUACAGAUGGCUUGACCAAAACGAGGACGAUGGUCAGAUUGUUCGGGAGUUAGUGCCAUCUGGAGACGGACAACGUCUUCACAAUAUCAGCUACCACAUAGCAGUGAAGACGGGCAGCAUCAGUGGGGCCAGCUCUGACUCCAAAGUGUUUGUCAAGCUGUACGGAGAGAAGGGUGACACAAGCAAGAUGUGGCUUGUGGUCUCUGACAAUGACCUGAGCAACUACUUUGAGACUGGAAGGGUUGACAUUUUUACCACUGACACGUUUGAUAUAGGAAAAAUCAUACGCUUGCAGAUCGGGCAUAAUAAUGAGGGCUUGAGGGCUGGAUGGUUUCUCGACAGUGUUCAGAUUACGGUUCCUGUCCACGGCCUUCAGUACAUGUUCCCCAGCCACCGCUGGCUCUGCAAGGAUGAGGCUGAUGGGAACGUGGAGGUGGAAAUCUACCCAAGCGAGAUUUUAGAUAUUGAAAAAUUGAUUAAUUAUGAGAUAACAGUUAUUACUGGGGACCUCCGUGCUGCUGGCACCAAUGCCAACGUCUUCAUUCAGAUAUAUGGGAAUGAAGGAAAAACUGAAUUAAUCACUCUGAAAAGUAGGUCAAACAACUUCGAGAGAGGAACCACAGAGAUAUUCAAGGUUGAAGCCCUGGAUGUCGGAAAGAUCUACAAGAUUCGUAUCGGUCAUGAUGGCUCUGGCAUUGGUGAUGGUUGGUUCCUGGACACGGUGGACAUCAAGCGAUUAACCAUGGCCCUAGUGCCCAAGGAGGUCAAGAAGGAGGACAAGAAGGACAAGAAAAAAAAGAAGAAGAAAAAGGAUGAGGAUGAGGAGGAGGAGGAAGGCCCCCCGGAGCUGCAGCAGGUGGUGGAGACGUACUCUUUCUCCUGCCACCGGUGGCUGGCUAGGGAUGAGGAGGAUGGAGAGCUGGUAGUGGAGCUACUUCCAGAGAACGGGGAAGACCUGGAGGAGAACUCGUACGAAGUCCAUGUGUUCACCGGGACCAUGUGGGGAGCUGGAACUGAUGCCAAUGUUUACAUCACUGUUUAUGGGGAGACGGGAGACACUGGAGAACGUUACCUGAAGAAGUCCAAUCACCUCAAUAAGUUUGAGAAGGGGCAGGAAGACACAUUCAGCAUUACUGCGAUUGACUUAGGGCCACUGAAGAAGCUGCGAAUUCGCCAUGACAAUACCCAGGCUCACUCAGGCUGGUUCCUGGACCGAGUGGAGAUAGUAGAUAGCAAGGAUGAUACCACAUACUACUUCCCCUGCAAGCGUUGGCUGGCCAUUGAUGAGGAUGAUGGCCAGAUUGCACGGGAGCUGGUGCCAGUGGAUGAAGCCUUCAUGAAGAAGGAUGAUGAUGAUGAUGAGGAUAACUCAGGAGCAACGCUGGGGUUGGAACAAAAGGCCAUGUCUACUACCUAUACUCUGAGGGUGAAGACAGGAGACAAGAAGUAUGCUGGUACAGAUGCCAAUGUUUUUGCGAUACUUUACGGUACAAAGGAUGACACAGGUUUAAUAAACCUCAAAGCUUCUAAGACACACAAAAACAAGUUUGAGCGAGGAAUGAUUGACGAGUUCACAGUGGAAGCUGUAGACCUUGGCACGUUGAAGAAACUACAUAUAGGACAUGAUGACUCAGGAGGCUCGGCUGGGUGGUUUCUGGACUGGGUGGAAAUUGAUGCACCGUCCCAGGGUCAAAAAAUUCACUUUCCCUGUGGCCGCUGGCUGGACAGGGGAGAGGAUGAUGGAGCCAUCGUCAGGGACCUCUACCCUGCUGACCUGCAGACUGAGCUAUAUACCCCAUUUGUGCCUUAUGAGAUCACUACAUUUACAAGCGAUGUUUUUGGAGCGGGGACAGAUGCAGACGUCUUCAUUGUGCUUUACGGACGUGAUGGGGUCUGCACACAGCAGAAGUCUCUGUGUGUGAACAAGCGGGAGAGACGCAUGUACUUUGAGAGGGGAGCUGAAGACAUGUUCAUAGUUGAGCUGGAAGAUGUUGGUGAUGUUAUAGAGAAGAUCCGAAUUGGCCAUGACAACAGAGGAAUAAAUAGUGGCUGGCACUUGGACAGGGUUGAAAUCAGAAGGCUCCUCAGAAAAGGAAAGGGCUCAGAGACAGUAAUCUUCCCAUGUGAACGCUGGCUGGCCAAGUCGGAGGACGACGGGGAGACGGUGAGGGAGCUGGUACCCUCUGAAAUCAUCCAGGAGAAACUGCUGAGGGACGGGACCCUGAAACAGACAGUCACUGAGGUGGAAGAUGCCCUCGAGACUCACACAUACAAGGUGUCCGUCAUGACAGGUGAUGUCUAUGGCUCAGGCACGGACGCAAACGUGUUCCUCACCAUCUUCGGAGACCUCGGUGAUACGGGAGAACGCAAACUCAGCAAGUCUGAGAACAACAGCAACAAGUUUGAGAGAGGAUCGGUGGACAAGUUCACUAUUGAAGCCGUGGAUCUGGGACAAGUCUACAAGGUCAAGAUUCGACAUGACAACAGUAUGAUUAGUCCAGACUGGUACCUGGACCAAGUGGAGGUUGUUGAUGUGGAAACAGAGGAGGUCUAUCUGUUCCUGUGUGAGCGCUGGCUCUCCAGAAAAAAGGAGGACAAAUGUAUUGAGAGGUUCUUCUUCAUCAAGGGAUAUGAAGGAGUAAGGGACUUGUCCAAGAACAUAAAGGGCUCGUCCUCAAGUAUGAAGAGUCUGGACAGCAACAUGAACAAGAAGAACAAGAAAAAGAAGGAAGAUGAAAUGGACGAUGAGCUCCCCCUCAUCCCAUACCAUUUCAGCAUCUCCACUGGAGUGGAGCGAGAUGCCAGCACUACGAGCCGUGUUUACGUCAUCGUUGUGGGAGCCAACCAAGUCGAGACAGAUCGUCUUUGGCUGGACCUCCCUGAGGAAAAGAAUUGUUUUGCUGCUGGGAGCAUGGAUAACUUUGAACUCUAUGGUGCUGAUGUGGGGGAGAUAAAGAAAGUGGAGCUGGGGCACGACGGGGCAACACCAGAGAGUUGCUGGCUGGUCGAUGAGCUGUCCGUCGCCGUGCCAACCAAAGGAAUCAAGUAUGUCUUCCCGUGCAAAUGCUGGCUGGCGAAGGACAGAGGAGAUGGGCUGACGGCACGCAUAUUCAAUGUACUGGAUGCAGACAGCAUCACCAUUACGCAAAAGGUUAUCUAUGAGAUUACAGUCGUCACUGGAGACGUUCAGAAUGCUGGGACGGACACCAGAAUUUCCCUAUACGUGUUUGGGGCCAAUGGCAGCACAGAGGAGAUCCUUCUCCAGAAGAAUGAGGACAGGUUUGAAAGAGGCCAGGAGGAUACAUUUAACUUGGAAAUUGAUGACAUUGCUCCACUGAAGAAGAUAAGGGUCCGAAUAGACGGCUCUGGGAGUCGCCCUGAUUGGUUCCUUGAUAAGAUCAUCAUGCGGAAUCUGACCACUGAGGAAGUAUCUGUGUUUACCUACGAAGAGUGGCUGUCCAAGAACAAAGGCCCGAAGAGAGCCAUGGUCUGUGAGAUGGCUGCCAUCAUUGAUGACGAGCAGAUGGUGGAGAGCACCACCUACAUCAUCCAGGUCAAGACCAGCGAUAUCGCAGGGGCGGGCACAGACGCCAACGUGUUCCUCAUCAUCUUCGGCGAGAACGGGGACACGGGCAAGAUGGCACUGAAGGAAUGCAACAAGGCCAACAAGUUUGAGCGCAAGCAGACGGACACCUUCCGAUUCCAGGACAUCCUCAGCCUGGGGGAGCUCUCCAAGGUUCGGGUGUGGCACGAUAACACUGGUCCGGCCCCAGGCUGGCACCUGGAGUACAUUGAUGUGAAAGACGAGAUCAUGGAUAAGACGUUCCGCUUCCCGUGUGACCGGUGGCUGGCCAAAAACGACGAUGACGGCCAGAUCAUGCGAGAGUUGCCAUGUGCCAACAACAACAUCUUGGACCUUAAUGAAAAGACAAAAUAUGAAAUCCUCGUCACAACAGCAGAUACAGAUGAUGCGGAAACUAAGGAAAAUGCCUGGAUUGCUCUUGAAGGGAAAAAGGGACGUUCAAAGGAAUUUGUGAUGGAGAAUUCCUCAAAGAAAAAGAGGUUUUUGAGAGGGAAUACUGACAGAUUUGAAUUCUCCUCAAAAAAUGUGGGUGAUAUUGCUGGAAUUUGCCUUGGACACAUUCCGAAAGAUGGGAAGAAAGUCAAAACGGAGUCGUACUGGCACGUUCAAGAGGUCGUCAUCACCGAGAAGGAGUUAGAAAAUAAGUUUAUUUUCCGAUGCAAUGCCUUAAUUCCCCUCUCGUCCAAGAGGGACGACUUCAUGACCUUCGAGUGUUCCAAGGCUGUCGAGAGCUUUGCCAGCAAAGCCCGUAGCCUGGUGCCCGUCAAGUACGAGAUCAUCAUCAUCACCGGUGACGAAAAGUGCGCGGGUACGGACGCCAACGUUUUCAUCACCAUUUAUGGUUCCAAUGGGGACUCUGGCCGGCGGCCCCUGCGACAGAAGUUCCGGAACCUUUUUGAGCGAGGCCGCACGGACCGCUUCCUCCUCGAGUUGCUGGAUGUUGGAGAGCUCCUGAGGGUCAAGGUGGAGCACGACAACUCAGGCAUGAACCCAAGCUGGUUGCUGGACCGUGUGGAGGUGACCAACACGGCCAAUGGGGUCACCACUAUAUUCAUGUGUGGGAAGUGGCUGGACACCAAGAAGGCAGAUGGACAGAUCUACAGAGUGCUUUUCCCAAAAUACUGA